CACACACUGAGUGUCUCACUUCCUCAAACUUUCUCAGCUCAUCCCACCUUGUGUGCUGCAGUUCGCCACGCGAAACCCUCGUCUGCUCGACAUAUUCUCUCCAGGCAGACAGAUCGCGGGUUUGGGCUUGUUUUGGCCUCAUGGCGAGCUCGCGGGUCGGUCAGUGGAGGUCCAGCGCGCGUGUCGUGUCCACCUGUCUCCUCGUCACUCUUCUCACCUGCACGCUCAGGUGUUCAGAAUGCGUCAAACUGAGCAACAUCAUUCUCAUUCUCACCGACGACCAGGAUGUGGAAAUGGGGGGAAUGACGCCCAUGAAGAAGACCAAAGAACUGAUCGGUGAUGCUGGUGUGACUUUCUCCAAUGCUUUCGCUGCCACCCCUCUGUGCUGUCCCAGUCGAAGCAGCAUCCUCAGUGGUAAAUAUCCUCACAAUCAUUUGGUCCGAAAUAACUCCAUCUCUGGGAACUGCAGCAGCGUGACGUGGCAGAAAGAUGUCGAACCCUUGGCCUUUCCUGUUUACCUCACUAAGAUGCGCUACCAGACCUUUUACGGGGGGAAAUACCUGAAUCAGUAUGGAAGUAAAGAUGCAGGUGGUGUGGCACAUGUACCUCCCGGCUGGGACCAAUGGCACGCGCUGGUGGGAAACUCUCAGUAUUACAAUUACACACUUUCUGUGAAUGGAAAAGAGGAAAAACAUGGGGACAACUAUGAGAAGGACUAUCUCACAGACCUGGUUUUGAACCGGUCACUGCAUUUUCUGGAGGAGCGGAGCCCCAAUUAUCCGUUCUUCAUGAUGUUGUGUCCGCCGUCUCCUCAUUCGCCGUGGACGGCCGCCCCUCAGUAUCAGAAGACCUUCAGUGACAUGAAAGCGCCACGUGACGGCAGCUUCAACAAGCCUGGAAAGGACAAACAUUGGUUAUUACGGCAGCCUGUGAAUCCAAUGCCAAACAGCUCCAUUGACUACCUUGAUGACGCUUUCCGCAGGAGGUGGCAGACGCUUCUGUCAGUGGACGACAUGGUGGAGCAGCUGAUUAAGAAACUGGAUUCAGUGAAGGAACUGGACAACACGUACAUCAUCUACACGUCUGAUCACGGCUAUCACACUGGCCAGUUCUCGUUGCCCAUUGACAAGAGACAACUGUACGAGUUUGAUAUUCGCAUCCCCCUCUUGGUUCGGGGUCCAGGAAUCAAAGCUAAACAAACACUUCAGUCUCCAGUGAUGAAUAUUGAUCUUCCCAUGACUAUCCUGGACAUCGCUGGAGUAAAUCUCUCCACAGUCAACAUGGAUGGACAGUCUUUCCUGCCACAGAUGGCACCAUCAUUACGUAAUGGCACCGAACGGCCCUUCUUUCUGGUGGAGUACACUGGUGAGGGAUAUGCUUCUGAAGAUCCCAGCUGCCCCAAACUCGGCCCUGGACUAGCUCAUUGUUUCCCAGACUGUGUAUGUGAAGACGCCUUCAACAACACGUACGCCUGCGUCAGGACUCUGAAGGAUGGAAACCUGCAGUACUGUGAGUUUGCAGACAAUGAGUCAUUUGUAGAGGUGUACAACCUGACAGCAGAUCCCCAUCAGCUGGAGAACAUUGUGAAGAAGGUCGAUCCUUCCCUUCUGCAGAUCAUGAACCAAAGGCUGAUCAAGCUGCAGUCCUGCAUGGGAGACAGCUGUCGAAAUCUCAAAUAACCCUGUGCCAAAGGGAGGGCCGGACCCCAACCCUUCUCUUUAGCGGAGAUGCCAAGUUCGGUAAUGUGAAGAUGUAUCAGGGUUUUCACUUGCACAAAUCUCCCCUGAAGUUCUUAGAGAUGGUUCACCUAAAAUGUGUAUUCUGCCAUUAUUUACUCAGCAUUAUGUUGUUCCAAAACCUUGCUUUGUACCACACAAUGAAAGUGGAUUUGUAUUUGGUGAAAGAACGAAACAAGCAGGUUUGGAAGGAGCGAAUUAGGGUGAGUAAAUAUUUACAGAAUUUUGGAGUGAACUCUCCCUUUAAUUCUGACGUGUUGAAGUCACGCACACACCCCUCCUUUAAAUGUGAAUGUAUCUACAGCGUGAUUCUGCUUCACAUGCCGUCAUGCAGCUUCAAGAACACCACUUCUAAGGACUUGAACCAAUUUAACUGGAAGUUUACUUGUCCUUCCUACUUCCUACUCCUACUGACUUCCUACUGUCGUCAUACAGUUUUUUUUUUGUUUUUUUUUGAGCACUUUUAUGGUAAAUGAAUGAACUAAAUUUUGAUGGCUACAAUAUACUACCAUCAAAACAUUUACCCUUUGCAUUUUAGGAGCUUUUUUUUUUUUUGACCAUUAUCUUUGGUUAUGCAUAGUUGUUUUAUCAUUUUUUUCUUCAUACUGUGAA